ACUUCCGAACACCGCCGUACAUUAAGUUUUCAAACGUCCAGAGCUUCGGCAGUAUUAAAUCACAGCUUCGGCUAGAAAUAAGAAAUCGGUGUUUUGCAAGCCUAUUUAGUGCACGGUCCUUAACUUAGAGCUCGGAGUCUACCCCGCCGCAUCCCAAUCUUAAAUCCUUGUCGCCAAGUCUAAAAGCAACCAACGCCAAAAACCAAACUUAAGAUGGCCGCCCCAGCACCAGCACUCAAGGAUCUGCCCAAGGUGGCCGAGAAUCUGAAGAGCCAGUUGGAGGGCUUCAAUCAGGAUAAGCUGAAGAAUGCCAGCACCCAAGAGAAGAUCGUCUUGCCCACCGCCGAGGAUGUGGCUGCUGAGAAGACCCAACAGUCGAUCUUCGAGGGCAUCACUGCUUUCAAUCAGAACAAUUUGAAGCAUACCGAGACCAACGAGAAGAACCCGUUGCCCGAUAAGGAGGCCAUCGAGCAGGAGAAGGAAAAGAAUCAGUUUAUUUCCGGCAUUGAGAACUUUGAUGCGAAAAAGUUGAAGCACACCGAGACCAACGAGAAGAACGUGCUGCCCACCAAGGAGGUGAUCGAGGCCGAGAAGAAGGCUUAAGCGUUCCAAACAACACGUAAACACACAAACAACACCGAUCACAUCCCCUCUCCAGCGUUCAGCGCCGACACUUCCCGACAUCUCUCCUUUUUUUUAAUACGUAUAUCUGUAUGCCUAUAUAAACCUUCGUUUCACCGCCUUCCCUCCAAUGUGAAAUGUGUAAUGCGAUUCGAUUCGAGGAGAAGAAAAACUGCAACUGAGCUGCGCAUGCGUUAUAAUUAGCCAGAGAAUCGUGAUUGCGCUGCAACAGCAACUGCUCGACGUUGCUUAAGUAUUUUAUUAUUAUUAUCACAUUCGAUUUGUUUUUUUUUUUUAUUUUAUUUUAUAUUAUUAUUUCUGUAUUAUUAACAACUGCGAGAGAGCCAGUCUCAUUCCUACGUAAUUAACAUAAAAUAAACAUUCGUCUCACAUACAUGCAUAUAUAUA